UAUUGGUUGCGACGGCGGCAGCCGCUGUUAGCGGCUGCUCGAGCUACGCCCCCAGCUCGACUACCGCUCCAAAACCUUCUGGGACUUUCUACCGUCUUCCGUCGGUCGGAGCGGAGCGCGGCUCGCCGUCGUCGGCGCUUCCAGCCGCACCCGCACCCGCACCCGCAGCUCGACUACCGCCGGGACUCCGGUAAAGCUAAGGCCAUGUUCGGCUGCUUGGUGGCCGGCCGCCUGGUGCAGACCGACGCGGUCCAGGUGGCCGCCGACAAGUUCGUCUUCAACCUCCCGGAUUACGAGAGCGUCAACCACGUGGUGGUGUUCAUGCUCGGCACCGUGCCGUUCCCCGCCGGCAUGGGCGGCGCGGUCUACUUCUCCUUCCCGGACCCGGAGAGCGGCGGGCAGGUGUGGCAGCUGCUCGGCUUCAUCGCCAACGACAAGCCGAGCGCCAUCUUCAAGAUCUCGGGCUUGAAGGCGGGCCAGGGCGCGGGCUCGCACCACCCCUUCGGCACCGUGGCCGCGGCCGCUCCGUCCGUGGCGCAGGUCGGCGUUUCCGUGGAGCCGCUGGAGCAGCUGGCCCAGCAGACGCCGGUGUCGGGGGCGGCGGCGACCACCGCCGACACGCUGCGGCUCUUUACGCAGAAGAUGCUCGACAGUUUGUACAACUUCGCGUCGUCGUUCGCCGUCACGCAGGCGCAGAUGGCGCCCGACCCCAGCGAGACCUUCGUGCCGUCCAGCUGCAUCGUCAAGUGGUACGACAGCUUCCAGAGGCGCAUGAACCAGAACCCCAACUUUUGGAAAAACUGAACUUGAGUACGUCGCCGACCCGGCGUGCCCGAAGGAUGCGGACGACAGUUGAGACUCUUUUAACCUGUGUCGAAUACAAAAUUGGAAACAAUUGACAGAUUUGGGCCUCAGCUCGCCGUGCCAAAGCUUCGUCGUCGUUGUUGUUGUUGUUUUUGCUUCAGGCUACAUCAAUCCAUUUACACAUCUUAUUUCUUUCGAUUCGUAAAAACUGAGGUUUUGCUGGAGAGAGGAAGACCCCCUCCCCCCCAAUUUUUUUUUUGGGGGGGGUGGUAUUAGAGUUUUGUGAGCAUCAGGUGUAAAGACCUCUUCAUCGACAAGUCAUUUUUGCAGAGAUCGGCAGUGAAGAAAUGGUACAAAUUUGUAAAUGGUUGUCUGUAAUUGAAACCUCCACCCCCAAAUUAUUCAAUAAAGCAGCUAUGUACCAUCAA